UGUUUCCUUUGCUUCUUCCCCUUCUCUCACCCUCUCUUGAUUUUAUCUCCUCUUUUUCCUCGACCGUUUCUUUCUCUCCGUGACCCUUUUUCUCUCUCAUCUGCAUCGCUGCGUUCUUCUUAAACCCCUUUUUAUUACAGUACAAGUACCAAUCAUCACACCCCAAAAAAAAUUGAAAAACCCCACUCCUUCAGCCCCCAAAACCUAGCUUUCCGGUGACCCAAUAGUGUCAAAAACAGAUCUGAUCCUUCUCUCCUCCUUCUUUCCUUACAACUUCAAAAGGGCUUUUGCGUUUCGAGCUCAAAACAGCCAUAACAUAAAUAUCUGUUUUAACCUCUAUUUUCAAAUUUCCGUAUUUCCUUUAUUUUAGCAAGAGAGAGAGAGAGAGGGGCGCGGCUUGGUUCAACGAGAUCAUAGUAAGCGUUAUGUAAUCUUUGUGUUUUUUAAGUGUUGAAAUUUGCAUUGUCAAAGGCCUUUCAAAAGGGUCAACUCUUUUCCUGCUACUUUUUUUGUGUCAAAAUCUAGUCUUUUGGCACGUAAGAGCCCAAAGGCUGAAGACUUUUUGAAGCCCAAAACUGUAGUCAUCGCCCUUUUGAAACAUGUACUAUUCCUAUUAGCUUUUGCUCAGACUGUGCCAGAGUCUAGAGAAUCUAUUAAUACCAAACCCACUUGCCUCUACUCUCAAUACAUAUGAUGCAAGCCCGGAAAAUACUUCCGGUGAGUGAGUUGAAGGGAACAUAUAAGCUGCUCAUCAUCUCCACUCAUCUUUCUGGCUAAGCAGCAAUCAGAUUAAAAAUCAUAUAUAUACAUAUAUCCAUUGAAACCAUAGAGAGGUGCAGAAAUGUUUCAGUCAAACCUGUUCGACACCCAGCAUCAUGUGCUGGAUAUGACACCCAAAUCACCCGAAAAUGAAUUGGGAAAGAUUAGAGAAGAUGAUUACGAGACCGAAACCAUGGAAGCUCCCUCAGGCGAAGACCAAGACCCCAACCAACGUGCCAAAAGGAAGCGUUACCACCGCCAUACACAGCGCCAGAUUCAGGAAAUGGAAAACUUCUUCAAGGAGUGCCCUCACCCAGAUGACAAGCAAAGGAAAGAACUGAGCCGUGAGCUAGGGUUGGAGCCUCUUCAAGUCAAAUUUUGGUUCCAAAAUAAGCGUACCCAAAUGAAGGCCCAACAUGAACGCCACGAGAAUGCAGUUUUGAAGGCAGACAACGAAAAACUCCGUUUGGAGAACAACAGGUACAAGGAAGCCCUGAGCAAUGCCACGUGCCCCAACUGCGGAGGCCCAGCAGCACUUGGUGAGAUGUCAUUUGACGAGCAGCAUUUGAGGAUCGAGAAUGCUCGUCUAAGAGAAGAGUUGCAGAUUGAUAGGAUAUCUGGAAUUGCGGCUAAGUAUGUUGGGAAGCCAUUGUCAUCGUAUUCUCACCUUUCCCCUCUUGUACCUUCCCGUUCGCUUGGUCUUGGGGUUGGGAAUUUUGGGGCGCAAACGGGGUUCGUAGGGGAGAUGUAUGCAGGAGGGAAUGAUCUUUUCAGGUCAUUUUCAGGCCCCACUGAGGCUGAUAAGCCAAUGAUUGUUGAGCUUGCUGUUGCAGCAAUGGAAGAACUAAUAAGAAUGGCUCAGGCUGGAGACCCCUUGUGGGUUUCCAAUGACAACUCAACUGAAAUCCUCAACGAAGAAGAAUACUUGAGGACUUUCCCUAGGGGAAUAGGCCCCAAACCCUUGGGAUUAAAAUCAGAAGCCUCAAGAGAAUCUGUGGUAGUUAUCAUGAAUCAUAUUAACCUUGUUGAGAUUCUCAUGGACGUGAAACGAUGGUCAACUGUGUUCUGCGGUAUCGUUUCAAGAGCAAUGACUUUAGAGGUCCUAUCAACCGGAGUGGCAGGGAACUAUAACGGAGCCUUGCAAGUGAUGACAGCUGAGUUCCAAGUCCCUUCACCGCUUGUUCCAUCUCGUGAGAAUUACUUUGUGAGGUACUGUAAACAGCAUGCCGAUGGAACUUGGGCGGUUGUUGAUGUUUCCUUGGACAAUUUACGCUCACCAACCCCACUUUCAAGUAGUCGACGAAGGCCAUCUGGUUGUUUGAUCCAAGAAUUGCCAAAUGGUUACUCAAAAGUUGUAUGGGUCGAACAUGUAGAAGUGGAUGACAGAGCUGUCCACAAUAUAUACAGACCAGUUGUUAAUUCUGGUCUUGCUUUUGGAGCAAAGCGUUGGGUGGCUACGUUGGAUCGACAAUGUGAACGUCUUGCAAGUUCAAUGGCCAAUAAUAUUCCAGCAGGAGAUCUAUGUGUAAUAACAAGCACAGAAGGGAGGAAGAGCAUGCUGAAGCUGGCAGAAAGAAUGGUGAUGAGCUUUUGUACUGGUGUGGGUGCUUCGACUGCUCAUGCAUGGACGACACUAUCAGCAACAGGUUCGGAUGAUGUAAGGGUGAUGACCAGAAAGAGUAUGGAUGAUCCAGGCAGGCCUCCUGGUAUUGUGCUCAGCGCUGCAACUUCCUUCUGGAUUCCAGUUCCAACAAAGAGAGUUUUUGAUUUCCUUCGGGACGAGAACUCGCGAAGCGAGUGGGAUAUCCUUUCUAAUGGUGGCCUAGUUCAAGAAAUGGCACACAUAGCUAAUGGUCGUGAUCCAGGCAACUGUGUCUCUUUAUUGCGAGUAAAUAGUGCUAAUUCGAGCCAGAGCAAUAUGCUGAUACUACAAGAGAGUUGCAGUGAUUCUACCGGCUCAUACGUAAUCUAUGCUCCGGUUGAUAUCGUUGCCAUGAAUGUUGUCUUAAGCGGCGGGGAUCCAGAUUAUGUUGCCCUUCUACCAUCAGGUUUUGCUAUUCUUCCUGAUGGGCCUGGCCUUAAUGGUGGAGGCAUUCUAGAGGUUGGGUCUGGUGGCUCUCUAUUGACAGUUGCAUUCCAGAUCUUAGUAGAUUCAAUUCCGACUGCAAAACUUUCUCUCGGAUCUGUUGCAACAGUGAACAGUCUAAUAAAAUGCACAGUUGAAAGGAUCAAGGCAGCUGUGAUGUGUGAGACUGCAUGAUUUACAAGCCCUAACUCUGUAUUUGGCAGGAAAAAAGUAGGGAAGAUCAGAAGAAACGAAAUUAGGAAGGUGAUUUAAUUUGUAGUCUAAAGCCAGGGAAACAGGGGAAGAAGUCAAGAACGCACCUUACAAUAUAUAUCCUUGCCUCGUGGUGUUUGUCUGGGGCAGAGAAGCAAAAAGAUCAGCAAACCACCACCCUGCAAGGGUAAUAGGUUCGGGUAUUGACUUAACCUAACAGAGGUGAAAGUAAAACCAGAACUUAUUAGAUGGAAGAAGUCCCCCCCAUUCAGCUUUUGCUGAUUUUCUGUUGGGGUUAGCUAGAUUAAUAAUAGUUUUCUUGUAGGAGUACUGGUUAUUUUGUAAUGUCUAAUCCUUUCAAAUGUGACUUCGUUAACAUAAAAAAUGGAUUGUCUUUCCCAUUUUAA